AUGAAUUUCUACCAAACUGUCUUAACAUGUACAAUAUUGUUAACCACAUUAGUACAUGCCUCCAUUAUUAUUGAUAAAGGUUAUGAACUGGCUAAACGUGGAAGCAAAAAAUCCAGUAAACCGUUAGAAUACACCAUUAUGAAUUAUGAAGACUUUUAUGGAGUUAAUUUGAAUAUUGGUUCGCCAGAACAAACAGUUGGUGUUGCUCUCGACUUAUUAACUGCUGAUAUCUUUGUUCCAAGUUCCAACAAUUCGUAUUGUAACAAAAAAGUUGAUAGCUCCGGAGACAUUUUCAAUUGUACUGGCGGUACAUUUGACACAACUGCCUCUUCUACAUAUUUUAGAAACAGUUCUGAUCCAUUUUAUAAUACAUACAGAAUAACAGAUUAUGCAUCUGGUUAUUAUGCUAUGGAUACCUUUAAUAUUAAUGGUGUAAAUGUUACCAACGUUUCAUUUGCCGUUGCAGAUGCUUCAAAUUACACUUAUGGAGUAAUGGGUUUAGGUCUACCAGCUGGUGAAGGUUCCAAUUUAUUCGAAUUGAGCUCAUAUAACGACGUAUUACAUGAAUACGUUAAUUUGCCACAAAUUUUAAAAAACAAUAAAUAUACUAAAUCGGCUGUUUUUUCAUUGUUUUUGAAUGAUCAAUGUGGCGAAGGUGGUAAGCUAUUAUUUGGAGCUGUUGAUCACAGCAAGUAUUUGGGAAAGUUAUACACAGUUCCAGUUGUUAAUGUUUACAAGAAUGCAGGUUACAAAACCCCUAGACGCUACGAUAUUGGAUUGUAUGGUAUUGGUGCAUACACUGACAGCAACAACAACGAAACCUUUUCUACUACGCUGUUUAGUGCCUCUUUAGACACCACCUCUGAUUUCUCCUAUUUUUACAAGACUAUAGCUGACAAAAUGGCAUCUUAUGUUGGUGCUACUUGGGACACCAACUAUUCCCUGUACACUUUGUCUUGUGCCUCAAUUAAUUAUAACACUUCCUUUGUUUAUGAUUUUGGUGGCUUCAAUAUUUUUGUUCCAAUGAGCAAUAUGGCUUUUGUUGCCGACGCUAAAAACGACACUUGUUACUUGGGUUUCAAAUACCACCAUAUGAAUAGUGCUAUUUUGGGUACCCCAUUAUUAUCUUCGGCUUAUUUGGUUUUUGAUCAAGAUAAUUAUGAAGUGUCUAUUGGUGUUGCCAAUUUUAAAGGUGCUCAAGUUUCUAGUAUACAAAGCGUUGGAAAAAAAAUCCCUAAAGCCACCAAAGCUCCAUCAUAUAGCAAUUCCUGGACAUCAGCUCCCUCCAAUAUUACUCUUGGUGGUAACAUGUUUACUAAUACAAAGAGUUUCUCUAAUCCAUGGACUCUAACUGAUGAUUUAGGUUGUGCCAAAAUCACUGAAUCAAGUGGCAGCGUUUUAAACAAUGGACGUGUGGAACAACAAAUUACUAGCAGCACUACUAAUAAAUAA